AUGUUUUCUCGGAGUCCAUUUCCCCACCUUGAAUGUCAGCUCCAUGAGGGCAGGGAUUUUCGCAGCAGCGGGAACAGCCCAUGCAAAGGCCCUGCGGUGGGUGGGGAUGGUGUCGCAGGAUGGAGCCAGCGAGGGGGGCCGGCGGGCGGAAGCGAUUAUCGAGGUGACUCAUCCGGGCAGAUGGUGGCAGCAGGGGAGCCCGGAUCCUCUUACCCAAAGCCCCUUAAUACUUCCGCCGCGGGUCACCUCCAGGCCUCUCCGCUCGGGUGUCGCCGUGCCGGGGCCGGUGGCGCGGGCGGGGAUGGAGGGCUGGAGCCCGACCCCGCCGCUCUAUGAGGAGUACCGGCCGCCACCGCUGGACGCUGUGCGCCUGCCCCGCCACGCUCUCUACCUGCUGCUGGCCGUGCUGCUCGUGCUGGCCGUGGCCUACGCCAUCGUUGGCCACCUCGUCAGGGACCUCGCCCACGACCUGGCCGACUGGGCCUUCGGGCCGAAGCCGGAGCAGGAGGACGCCCCCCGGGAGCUGCGGCCGAGCCUGGAGGGCGAGGACUUGGAGCAGCUGGACCUGCAGCUGGCCCUGGCCUGGCGCGGCGACGAGGACGGUGGCGAGGGGGCCCCCGCAGAAGCCCCCGCCCGGGCCCCCCGCCGCCCCUCCAUCGCCUUCAAGGACCCCCCGGGCCCAAGCUCCUUCUGGAGGCUGGACUGAG